AUGGCCGACUGGGACGACGACUACCUCAGUGGCCCGGCCACUGCGUCGUUACCGCUGUCUACGCAGUCUACGCCAGCCAACAAGAUGAACCGCCGUUCCCUCACUCCGCCGCCUAGAGUCCCGUCUUCGCCUCCUCCCAUGCACAGCGAACGCAAGGACCGCCGCCACUCGAAGCGCACCUCCAGGGACAUCACAAACGACGACUCCAUCAGCAUCCUGGAUCCUCGCCGCUUUACCCCGACCCUGCACGCCAACCUGGUAUCCGAGAUCCUGUCCUUGCGGAGGGACCAGGAGGAGAAGAUCAAGCUGAUCGAGAGCCUGGAACACACCCUCAGCAUCUCCCACAAGGAGCAGGAGGAUGCUGUCGAGAGCUUCAGCGUCACCGCAAAGGAGAAUCGCUCGCUGAAGCGCCAACUGGCCCUCCUCGAAGGCGGCACCUCGUCAGCCCUAGGUGAGCUUGCCAGGGAAAGGGACGAGGCCGUCGAAGCUUCCGCAGAUGCCAGGAAGCGUCUCGAGACGGCCCAGAAGAAGAUCCGUACCCAGGACGAGGAUUCGCAACGAGUCCAUGACCAGUGGGCCCGCGAGAAGGAUGACUGGGACGAGGAGAGGCGCAAGUUUGAGCGCAAGCUCCACGUCGCCGAGAGCAGGCUGAGGGUCGUCCUCGACGAGGUUGCCGCCUUCCAGGCCGCGCAGGCCAACGGCGCCGCCGGCGGAAACGAGAGCGACGUCGAGAGCGGCCGCGAGAACGACGGCGGGAGCGUCCGGUCCAUGAGCGUGACCAACAGCAUCCGCUUCUCCUACGCCCACCCCAACCGCGGCUCCAUCAUCAGCAAGAUCCCCGGCAACACCCUCGCCGACGAGCUCGACCUCGACGAUGACGACGAGACCGACUGGGACGGCCGGGAGAGCGUCUUCUCCGGCCACACGAGCCAGCACGGCCACGCCAGGAACUUUAGCAGGGAUAGCGUCGGCGCCGUCGGCCCCAGGCACGUCAGGAACCAAAGCAUCGACAGCUUGAAGCGCCCCGGAAGCAUGGUCCGUGGCAAGAUCUUCAUGAACCCCUCGGUACUCGAAGCCCUGGAGGGCGAGGAGGAGGAGGUCACCAUCAUGGAGAAGCCCACAUACACCGACACCGGUGUGCAGUACACGCCUCCUCCCUCGCCGGUCGCCCAGGCCGCCGAUCCGGAGCCGGAGCCGGAGCCGGAGCCGGAGCUAGAGCUAGAGCUAGGGCCAGAGCCCGAGACUGAACCCGAGACGCCCACCCCCCCGAUGAAGCUUGCCGAGGACGACGGCGUCGCAUCACCGCCCCGCGGCGACUCGGAGGCUGAGGCCGACCGACAACGCAAGAGGGUCCAGCUCACCUCGACCGCCACCCGGACGGUGCUGGAUCAACCGCCGACGGAGCAGCCGCCACCCAGCAAGAUGGUGUCUUCCUCGUCCCAGACGGUCGAGGAGCCGAUAAGCCCGCCUGAUACACCUCGACGCCCCGCGACGCCUGAGGAGGAGACGGCGGAGCCACCGGUCAUCAUGAUCACGACGUCGACGCAGACUGAGGAACCACCGGCAGCGCCACAGCCGGAGCCGGAGCCGGAGCCGGAGCCGGAGUCAGAGUCGGAGCCGGAAGAACCGGCAGCCCCCAGCCCUCCUCGUACACGACAGCAUCUUCCUCGUCCGUCACCCUCACCGCCGCCUAUCCCGAGCAUCAGCAUCCAGCCACCGACGAGCCGGCCGACGACUCCCCGCGAGCCCCGCCUCCCGCCUCUGUCCAAGCACUUUGGCUGUCAGGUCAACAUGCCCCUGUCCGCGACCACGAGCGACGCCUGCAUCCAGACGGAGGGUAUUCAGGUUGAUAAGCGCCUGGCCAAGCUGCCCGCGCACCUGCAGCCGUCGUCCAUCACGUCGAGGCCCUCGUCGCCGAACCCUGUUCCCGCUGGGGCGGACAUGGACAGGCGUUUCAACGCGGUGCCCAGCGUGGCACCCCCGCGCAACCCGCGUCGUCUGGCCAAGGCGGCAACUGUCACGGCAGCAGGAGCCGGCCCGACGCCGACGGAUCAGCAGCAGCAGCCGCCGGUGUCGCCGUCGCUCCCGCCGCCGGGCCGAGACGACGACGAGCUCCGCGACUCGUAUCCAGGCAACAACGACAACGGGCCCCUGUCGGAUGACAGGGCCGCCCCCAAGAGGCCGCACCGCUUCAGCAGCCUCUUUGCCGGUUUCGAUACGGCCAGCUCUGACGAGGCCGAGUUUGCUGACGAGGACAACAGCGACAGCGAGUUCCGCACAGCCCUGUCUGCCCCACGGCCGCAGUCCAUCUCCAGCCGCGGCGGUGCCCGCAGCCCGACCGACACCCUGACGUCUCCGACGUCGCCGGACCGCGUGUCCAUGAGGCAGGCGCCCAGGAACUCUGUCAGGCCCAUCGCCGCCCAGGUGUACGGCAGCUACAGCUCGAUCGAUGGCAGGUCGUCGCCCAGCAACAACGCCCCGGGCGGCACCGACAGCAGCAGCGCUAUGCGCAAGGCCGCCGUGAUCCAGAGCGGCAUGGCCAGUCACAUGGCCGGCGGCCGCUCGCGGAGCCCUAGCCUGCCUGACGCCCGAUACCCGCCGUUCCCUAUCCCUGCGCGGGCGAGCUCGAGGAAGCCCAUCUCGAGCGCUCCGACCAGCGAAGGCCGGAGGUCACCCACACGCGUCGACGGAUGGCAGCGCCGCAACGCACGUACCCACGUCUACCGACCCAGCACGUCCAGCAGCCUCCGCAAGACGCGGUCAGCCGCCACCCUGCCCCGUCAGCACGGGAGCCAGAACCAGCGCUACCGCAGGCAUGGCAGCAAGUCACCUCCCCCCCUGUCUCCCUCGACCGAGGCGCCCGAGAGCCCCGGCCUGCCUCCCCUGCCGCGCAACGACAUCACGACGCCGCGUAACCGCCGCAGCCGCGGCAACAGCCACUACAGGAGGCACCGACCCCGCGCGUCCAACACGACGGACAAGACCAACGUGACCAGCAUGACCAACGGAACGUAUGCGACCAACAUGACCAACGGGACCAACGGGACCAACGGGACAAACGCCACGGACCCGGUGUCCGUGAUCAGCGGCGCAAGCAACGGCGUCAUCAGCAACGGCGGUAGCCAGACGUCCGUCGUCGACGCCAUUGCCCAGUGCAUGGUGGGCGAGUGGAUGUUCAAGUACGUUCGGAGGCGCAAGUCGUUCAACGUCCCCGAGACGAACGGCAACGGCAAGGACGAUUCCGGGAAUGACCGCCACAGGCGGUGGGUGUGGCUGGCGCCGUACGAGAGAGCCAUCCUGUGGAGUAGCAAGCAGCCGUCAUCGGGGAGCGCCCUGAUGGGCAAGGCAGGAAGGAAGCUGAUGAUCCAAUCCGUGCUGGAUGUCAAGGAUGACAAUGCCGCGCCCAAGGGCUUCGCCGGAGGCGUCUUCAACCGCUCCGUCCUGAUCCUGACACCCCAGCGAGCCCUCAAGUUCACGGCUACGUCGGCCGAGAGGCACUACGUCUGGCUGACGGCGCUGUCCUUCCUGGCGCACUCGUCGCAGGCUGUGCCGGAGAUUGUCAGCUCGCCGCUGCCACAGCGAGCGCACCACAAGGAGCUGCUGUCGCCGGCGACGGUGGCCAUGGACGACGGCGCACCGGCACCUUCGCUACCCAAGGCGAAGCGGUCGGGCAUCCGCGACUCGAUCCGGCUGGCCAAGGGCCGCGGGGCCGGCGGCGGGAUGGGAGGAGGACCGGUACAGGUGCCAUCCGAGCCACCCAUCCCCAGCAUCCCGACCACUCUGCCGGAGCAGAUGAGUGACGCGACGAAUGCGGGGGCACCCCCGACAGCAGCCGACUUCGCCAUCGGGGCUAUCACGACCAGCCAUACCCGAGACCAGUCGUACGACACGGCCGAGCCGCCGAUGAUACCCCGGUUCCAGGAACGGGCCAACCAGACCGCCGUGCACGGACGCAAGAGGAGCAACACGGGCGGACACGUCCCUCCGCCCCUGUCGUUCAGGGGCUUCUCCGGGCCGGCACCCAGCCUGAGCGCGGGCGGGUCGUCGGGCCACCGCCCGACGGGCAGCACGGCAGGCGCGAGCAUCGGCACGGCCGGCUCAUCAGACUACUCCUACCAGUCUCAGUCGCAGACGCAGUCGCAACCCUCGCAGUCACAGUGGGGCAUGUCGAGUCAGGCGGGCGGAUCGUCGCAGCGCACGUCGGAGGCGUCAUCGCGGCCGUCCAACUUCUUCGACGCCAUCGGCACGGUGCGCAUGGAAGCCUUCAUCAGCCCCCUCGGGCCGUCGCAGUUUGGGGACUACCCCGACGAGCAGGACGAGCUGAGGCAGGUGGCGCGCCGGCGGAGCAAGGAGCUGAGGAGGAGGCAGUCGCGCCGCAGCGGGAGUCGCACCAGGGACAGCGGAAGCUACUACAGCUACGGGUCCAGGGCUCGGGGAGGAUCUUCGACGGCGGGGGGCGAGGAGGAUUACUUCCGAGAUGACCCGUUUAGGGGAUUCUAA